AUUCAUAACAUGGCAACAUUUUGUGUCGUCAUUUUUCCAUGUGACAACACUGUUGAUAUCGUUCGGGAGUCUUGGCUUUGUGGGCUCAAUGAUGACUUUGAGGAAUUGUGCAAAUUCCCCCCUGUAAAAGGGGAUAGGAAGAAACUCCAAAAUCUGCUGCUCCAGCAGGAGGAACCUCAUCCAUCGUGGCAAGAAUAUGUGAUAGUUGCCAAGCGAACUGGUAUCGAGUCAUACUCAGAGGCAGUCCGCUUACUAAAAAUAAUACAAGAGGACGAAGAUGGAGUUACUACAGACCCCGAGCAACUCGGCCGUGGUUGGCGGAGCCCCAAACGGAA